UAAGUCAGGAUAAAGUAGUGGAGCAGACGGAAGACCCAAAACCUUCUGUCAUACAUAACAGCUUGUUGCAAGUGUGAUGACAGCAGCAAGCUUUGACAGGUAAGCCUUUUUUUCUCUUGGACCUCCGACCUGCACGAGCAAUGAAAAAGGAAAAUGGUGGUCAAGAGCCUCCUCUUUUCUUUUUUUUUUUCUUUUUUUUUUGGUUUCUCUUUCCCCUUUGCGCCUCGGCCUUUGCUUCUCCGCUUUCCUUUCUUCCUGAUUCGUACGGCUCCCACGAGCCUCAUGACAAGGCACCGAUUGUUUGCUUCAAUGGCGCUAGCAAGGGAUGUUAUUGCAACCCAAGGCAGAUUUUCCUAGUCUUUUGGUCCGACAUGAUUCAUGUCAGCUGGGAUGGAACCUGCACCGGCAAUGAUGUCAAGCCACCUGUGGCUGUGCAGCCGUCCAGGUCGUUCCGCCGUUCCCUUUCCUUCUCUUCCCUUCCCGUCCCGUCCCUUCCCUCUCCCCCGAAAUCUGGUGCAUGAGACUACAAUCGGUUCCUGAUGAUAUCGUGGCUAUGAGACCAUUCUGUUGGCUCCAACAGU